CGGGAAGUCUGUAGGUGACUCACUACCAUUGCUGACUCGAAGUCCUUGACCUUUAAAGAAGAACGCCUACUUCGAGCCAGACAUCGCCCAUUCUACCAAUUCAUCCGUCACAAUAUCCCAAAAGUGAAUCACCAUGUUCACAGGCCUCGUCGAAACGAUCGGCACUGUGACUGCGCUCGUUGACCUUGAUCCCUCAACCUCUGGCGGCAACGGCACCUCCCUCACCAUCUCCAAUGCGGCCUCAAUACUUUCAGACGUUGCUCUAGGCGACUCGAUCUCCGUCAACGGCACAUGUCUGACAGUGACGGAGUUUGAGCCGUCCAGUUUCAAAGUCGGCGUUGCACCGGAAACCCUGCGGCGGACGAACCUCGGGUCGCUGAAAGAAGGUGACAACGUCAACCUCGAACGAGCCGUCAGCGCAACAACACGGAUGGGCGGACACUUUGUCCAAGGUCAUGUCGAUACAGUUGCGUCGAUAUCCAGCGUGACACCAGACGGCAAUGCACUGACAUUCCGUCUGUCGCCGCGUGAGAAAGAAGUGUUGAGAUAUAUUGUCGAAAAAGGUUAUGUCACGCUCGAUGGGGCCAGUUUGACCGUCACCCAGGUCAAUGAUGCUCAAGGCUGGUUCGAGGUUAUGUUGAUCGCGUACACGCAAGAGAAGGUGGUGACAGCGGCCAAGAAGCCAGGUGAUUGGGUCAAUGUCGAGAUCGAUGUCGUGGGCAAGAUUGUCGAGAAAAGCGUCACAGCGUACCUGGAAGGAACUCUAGGAAAGGAGGGCGCCCCAGCUAUUCUGGACAAGAUCGUCAAUCGGUUAGUAGAUGAGAAACUAAAAAGCAUCAAAGGAUAAGAUGUGUCAUGCAUGAUUUUUACGAAAUCGAAUAUCAACCUGAACAUGGCCCUCGUGUCCGAUUAGGCUGAGUCAUGUGCGAUUCAGAGUAUCAGCUGCAUCCGGUGAGGUCGAGGGGAUACCCAACGAAGAUUCUCACAGUUACUUGCUGAAUGGACAUGGAUUCUUACGACAAGCUUUUCCCAUUCGUCCUAAGGUAUGAGAAAGGUUCAAGUUUUGGUCUGGACAAUCUUAUUAUCAAGCUAGGCAGGGCCUUGCGAACGGCAUCUAACGUGCACGAAUAUCUCGCUUCUAUUUUGACCAUUGCCAACGUUGUUUUUUAUUUAUUUGAUGUCUCCCUCGAGGGCCAUCUUCUAUUCGCCCAGCAAUCCAAUGGCAUUCCCUCUGAACAUCCACGAGAUCUCAGUCUCGUUGAACAACUCUGGCAGAGUCUCAUUCAUUUCACCGGUCAGGCCAACCGCAGCUGGCAAUGGAGUGAAAGCGAAAUCACUUCCAUACACAAACUUGUCCGCUCCCCAGAAGCGGGCCAUACUGAAAAUCUGACUCGACAUGGCAAAACCAGCCAAGUCAAACCAGAAUUGACCCUGGAGCAACUCGGUUGCAUUCUGGAGAUUGUAGGGGAUAGCAGGACGAUCAGACGUUGCUUUUCCACCCAAAAGAGCCGAAGUUCGUAGGAAUCGUUCAAAAACAGCGGGCAGCACGCCACCGCAGUGGGGGAUGAUCCAUUUGACAGAGGCAUAGUCCCUCACCGUCCCCGAGAGGAUCAGGUCGGCCACGGUGCGUGCCGCGUCAAAGAUGAAUUCUAGGAUGGGUGCUUGAAAGACGUGAUCGAGCGGCGCGACAUACCCAAGCAGCUCUGUUCCUCGAACGUCGGUCGGCGCCAUUCUGGGGCAAGGGUUGGUGGGGUGGAUAAAGAUGAU